AUGCCUCCCAAGAAGAGAAAUGAUGCAGCAAUUAAGAUUGAAGAUGUUGGGAUUGACGUUGAUGCUGUGUUAGACACUGGAAGUGAAGAAGAGGCCAGGAAAAGAAGUAAAAACAGAAGAGUCAAACCUCAACGUAAAACCAAACCGGUCAGUGAUGAUGAGGAGGAUGAAGAGAGUGAGGAUGAGACACCGAGGAAGAGAGGAAGGAGGAAGAAGGCCAAGGUUUGUGAAAGCGAUGAAGAGGAUGAGGAGGAAAACAGGAGUGUGAAAAGCAAAGGUUCAAAAGCUUCCAAAAGGAGGAAAGCUACUAAGGAGGAGAGCGAUGAAGAGAGUGAAGAGGAUCAAGGGAGGAAGAAAAAAGGGAGAGCAGUGUCCAAAAAGGAGAAAGAGCAACAGAAUAAGGAGAAGGAGAGGAAUGCUAAAGGAAAAGGAGAGAAGGAUAAAGGUGGUGAGAAGGACAAAAAAAAGAAGAAUGGGAAGAUGAGCAGUUCUUCUUCCUCCUCUGAAUCUGACGAAGAAUCUUUGUCGGAGGGAGAGAUGGAAGCCCUGAAGGAACAGGUAGAGGAGAAGAAGAAACUGAUCGCCACACUGAGGAAUAAACCUUGGCGUAUGAAGAGGAGACUCAUAUUGCUCAAGGAGGCCCAGGAGUUUAUUGAAAAGUUUGAAGGGGCUCUUGGGAAAGGAAAAGGCAGGAAGCUGUAUGCGUUCAAAGUCAUGAUGACCAAGAAACUUAUCAAGUUUAAACGUGACUUUGAGAACUUCAAAACAGCCUGCAUACCCUGGGAGAGAAAGAUUAAAGAAGUAGAAAGUCACUUUGGGUCAUCUGUGGCAUCGUAUUUCAUUUUUCUGAGGUGGAUGUAUGGUCUGAAUCUGGUUCUGUUUGGGCUCAUGUUUGGCCUGGUGGUACUUCCUGAGGUUCUCUUGGGUCUUCCCUAUGGCUCCAUUCCUAGGAAAACUGUGCCCCGAGACGAGCAGGCUACAGCCAUGGACUACUCUGUGCUUCUUGAUUUUGGUGGAUACUGCAAGUACUCUUUUUUAUUUUAUGGCUACUACAACAAUGCACCAACACUUGGGGGGCUGCACUACAGACUCCCUCUUUCAUACCUGCUGGUGGGCGUCGGCAUCUUUGGAUACAGUCUGAUGGUUGUUAUUAGAACGAUGGCUCGUAACUCAAAUGAGGGAGGGGACGGGGGAGAUGAGGGAGAUUUCACCUUUAGCUGGAAAAUGUUCACUAGCUGGGAUUACCUGAUAGGAAACCCUGAAACUGCAGACAAUAAGUACGCCUCCAUCACCACCAGCUUUAAGGAAUCCAUUGUUGAUGAACAGGAGAACCAGAAGGAUGAGAACAUCCACCUCCGUCGCUUCCUCAGGGUUCUUGCAAACUUUCUGAUCCUUUGCUGUCUUGGAGGCAGUGGAUACCUCAUCUACUUCGUGGUGAAACGCUCUCAGGAGUUCGCUAAUGUGGAACAGAGCAAGCUCACUUGGUUUGAAAAGAAUGAGGUGGAGUUUGUGAUGUCUCUGCUGGGUUUGGUGUGUCCUCCUCUGUUUGAGACCAUUGCUGAGCUGGAGGACUAUCACCCUCGUAUUGCCCUCAAGUGGCAACUGGGACGCAUCUUUGCCCUCUUCCUGGGGAACCUUUACACCUUCCUCUUUGCCUUGUUUGAUGAGGUUACUGCCAAGUUGGAGAGUGAAAAAUCCAUCAAGAACGCCACAGAAUGGGCUUUGAAGCAGCACUAUGCCAAUUACAGCUCACACUUUAACACCACAGACGUGCCUCCUCCCAAUGUCCACCCUGCAGACGUCAUCAGGGGGCCCUGCUGGGAAACUGCAGUAGGAAUAGAAUUUGUGAGGCUGAUUGUCUCGGAUGUUCAGGUGACCUAUUUAACCAUCCUGAUUGGUGACUUCCUGCGAGCUGUCAUUGUCCGCUUUCUCAACUACUGUUGGUGCUGGGACCUGGAGGCUGGAUUUCCUUCAUAUGGAGAGUUUGACAUCAGUGGAAAUGUGCUUGGGCUUAUCUUCAAUCAAGGAAUGAUAUGGAUGGGCGCAUUUUAUGCUCCAGGUCUGGUGGGUCUGAACGUUUUGCGUCUCCUGACCUCAAUGUACUUCCAGUGCUGGGCAGUUAUGUCCUGUAAUGUUCCUCAUGAGCGAGUCUUUAAGGCCUCACGGUCCAACAACUUCUACAUGGGCCUACUCCUACUUGUGCUUUUCCUCAGCCUGCUGCCUGUAGUCUACACUAUCAUGACCUUGUCUCCAUCCUUCGACUGUGGGCCAUUCAGUGGCAAAGAGAAUAUGUAUAUUGUGGUUAUGGAGACUAUAGAACAGGAUCUACCUGCCUUCAUAGGGAAUAUUUUCUCCUAUGCCACUAACCCUGGACUCAUCUUGCCUGCUGUUCUUCUCAUGGUGUUGGCUAUCUACUACCUGAAUACAGUGUCAAAAGGAUACCAACAAGCAAACCUGGACCUUAAAAGGAAAAUGCAAAUGGCUCGAGACGAGGAGAAGAACCGCAGGAACAACAAGGACAGCACUAAUCAAGUGAUGAAAGACUUGGAGGACCUGCUGCCAGACAAGACUUUAAUCCCGCCUCCCACUAAGGAAGAGCCACCCCCACCUGAUGUCGUAAUUGAGAAGGGCAGCAAGUCUCCCAAAAUGAAGCCAGGUACAGCAACAAAUGGGAAAGGGGUUAAUCUGCAAAAAGAAGUGUCACUGGCUGCACCUAACCCCAGAGGGCCAGUGACCCGUGCCCCAGGACCAAGAGGGGGGCCUGGAAAUGCCAGGGGGCCUCAACCUGGGCCUGGAAGAGGAAGAGGUCGAGGUGGGCCUCCGAGAAAAUAA